UUGUUAAAGAUAUAUUAUUGUGGUUUGCUUAUAUUAUCAUUAAUUAUCUAAUCACAAAGCACAUAAUAGUGACAACUCCCAUAUGAAGUGUUUGUUGCAUCUACAAGUUCGCUUUCUUGAUCGGUCAUUUUGUAAACUUAAGGAUGAUUACAGGAAGGUGCUUUGACACUAAGGAGACAUUGGAUGCUUUAGAAAAAAAAGGCUAUUAGCUCAAAACAUGUUGCUAAUGUAUAUUUUAAUUAUAUGGUACAUGGAAUCUUGAAAAAUUAGAAACAUCUUCCAUUAGUUAACUCUUACUAUACAUGUGAUCCAAGUUUUUCCGGCUAAAUGGGCGGAUUUAUAACAAAGAAAAUGAAAUAUCUCUAAAUUUGGUCCCCUCUCUGGUCCACAGGGCUAGGGUGGCUACAAAAAGCAAUGGGAUCUUAUUUCUCAUUGAUUCUAACAUACGAAGAGACAAAAUUGAGGGUAGUCCUCCUAAUUCAAUAACUCACAAAAUUCAACUUCUGAUGUUGGCCUUGACCUAAGCAUAAUCAUUAAUUUAUAUGCAGUUUCCACAGUGCACAUGUCAAUUUUUUCUUUUCCCAACAAACAAUUUGUUGAGAGUUUCAACGUGCAAGAAGAUGGUGGUUUCAAUUUCUGUAUAAAUACACCAAUACGAAAGUAUUACCUUCAAAAUUGAGGAGUCCAAAAGUUGAAGAAAAAUGGAUAACCCAAUUCCACCACUGACUAAAAAAUUGCACGAGAAAAUUGCCAUUAUUACCGGAGGAGCAAGCGGAAUCGGCGAAGCCACCUCACGUCUCUUUGCUCAACAUGGAGCUAAAGUUGUAAUUGCUGACAUCCAAGAAGAAAAGGGUCGGUCAGUAGCAGAAUCCAUCGGCUCCAAUCACUGCAUUUUCAUCAAAUGCGACGUCACGGACGAGCAACAGAUCCAAUCCUUGGUACAAUCAACGGUGGAGAUUCACGGUCGGGUCGAUAUCAUGUUCAGCAAUGCUGGAAUUGCAAGCACCAACGACCACGAACAAGACAUACUAGGUUUUAACCUCGAUGCAUUAGACAAUCUAUUCGCGAUCAAUGUUCGGGGAUCGGUGGCGUGUGUGAAGCACGCGGCGAAGGCUAUGGUGGAAGGUGGCGUGAAAGGGAAGAUAAUAUGCACGGGGAGCGUGACCGCGACGAUGGGAGUAACCAAGCAGAUAGAUUACGCAAUGUCUAAGCACGCAAUACUAGGAUUGGUUAAAUCUGCAAGUAAAGGACUGGGUAAGUACGGCAUACGCGUAAACUGUGUUUCUCCUGCGGCAGUGGCAACACCUUUGCUAGAGAAAUCAAUGAAGAUGAGUGUGGAGGAGAUAGAGAAGCUGUUUGAUUCCUUCAAUUGCUUGAAAACUGGGGCGGCUAUAAAAGCUUCUAAUGUAGCAGAUGCAGUCUUGUUUUUGGCUUCGGACGACUCACUGUUUGUCACCGGCCAUAAUUUGGUUGUAGAUGGAGGUUUUCAUCCUCCUGCGUGAUUCUUGCUCGGGCUCUAGUGGUGGUUUUCAUGCCAGUUUAACUUCGGGCUUAGAUUUCCUCUUGUAUCUUUGUUUGGGCUCAUGGGCUUGGGUUUGUAAAUCUGCGUAUUCCAAAAUAAGAGAAAGUGAAUAUGGUAUUUUUUUUUUAUUAUUAUUAUUAUUGAAUAUGCUUCGAGAUCCUCACGGAGCGGUAUUCAAAUUAA